GUUUUCUUGAGAUCAUGAGUCCAAAAGAACACAUCUGCAAAAAGACCCUGAGUCGCUUCAAUGGUUAUUCCAUAUUUUUCCAAGAAAAUCUAAAUCGUCAUCGCUUAAAUAUAAAUACGCAUCUCGUUCUCCCCUCUUGAAUUUUUUUGUGUGUGUCGUGUGGUGGUCCAACUUUACCUUGUUGGCCUUCUUUUCUUCGAUACAUAUUUCAUGCCCCGCCUUCGUUUGCUUGCUCCCCGUACCCGUUGUGCAAACUCGUUGUCGUUAUUUGUUCGUUGCCUGUAACUGUAAGUAUCUAUGAAUUAACUUAGUUCGCCUCCCCCGAACUCGAACCGUACUAGAAGGCACCAGCGCGACGUCCUUCGCACAUUAUGACGUCGACCUCGGCCAAGGCACGGAGACCGAGCCGGGGCCGUUCCUCUUCUCGUUCUCCGAAUAAGAAACGAGGCGCAAGCAGCAAUGGAAAAUCGCCAAAGGGAAGGACUACAAAUUCUGCGGUCGCCGCUGGCGUAACCGGUGGACCAUCGAAUGCCGGUCCACACGUCGAAGACAAAACCGGCUCCUCAGCUAAGCCCCUCGAAUCUCUGGCGGCUGCUGCCUCUUACGUGGGCGUUUCGAUGUUGAUGACGCUUUUGAACAAACAGAUCAUAUCGAAGGUGCAGAUGGUUUUUGGUCUCUUGUGCUGUAACUAGAUAAACUGUUGAUGCUUGCAUUUUUUUUACAAACAGAUCAAGCUCAUCCAGAUCCAGUAAGUCAAAGUCUAAGCUGGUGCACCUCCCUCGAUGUGCUUAUUUGAAGAUGCCUUUCUGAUUCUCAUUUAAUUAUAAACUUUCACUUGGGAAAAUUUCUUUUCACUUUCACACAGCACUUUAAACAUCUGAUGUGCGCGAGCUUUGUUUUCUCAGGUGAAGUUUCCCGGCACUAACUUUCUGCUUUUCUGCGAGUGCCUGAUCGCAACGCUGCUGGUUUAUCCGACCCUUGCCAAGAAGCCCCAGGUGUUCAACUUGCAGAACCUACAAUAUCUUUUCCUAUGCACCGCGGCGAAGGCGGGCAACAUGUACUUUUCCUUUUUGAGCAUGAAGCACACCAGUCUCCCGGUGUACAACGUGCUGAAGAGGAUGUCCCCCCUGGUGGCGCUCGGGCUGGACUACUUCCUGCGCAAGAAAACCUACCCCGCCCUGGCGAAGGUGGGGAUGCUGUGCAUCCUGGCGGGCGCCAUAACCACCUCGCAGGGCGAUCUGGACUUUGACAUGGUCGGGUACGCGUGUGCGCUUUGCGCGGUGGCCGGACAGAGCUCCUACUUGGUGCUGUGCGCGCGGGCUUUGGACAACCUCCCGGGGCUCAGCCACGUGGACGUGCUCUUCUACACCGGGUUUUACAACAUGUUUCUGUUCUUUCCCCUCAUGCUCACGGAGGUCAGCGACAUCGGAAAAUUCUGGCAAGCGACCGACAUACCCCUCAUGUGGCUCGCGUUCGUCUUCGCGCUUUACAUCUUUCAGGUAUAGUUUUUUGGUUUUCUAUGGUUUCAUUUUGAAGUUGGUGUGGCUGCGGUCGUACUAGCGGCGUACUUUUCAUUAUUUCUUUUCGUCAUUUUUAUUAGUCCUUUUGGAUUGUUCUUCAUCAUGACACUGCAACCACAACAAGAGUUUGGUGAGAUCGAGAAGUCCUUUGGUGCGGUUGUGGAAACAACAGCAGGAGACAACAUUGUUGCCCCUUCGGUGUGGAACCCUGCAACUUCGAUAAAUUUAUUUUUUGCUAAUGUCAUGAUCUAUUACAGGGUACGCUCCUGAACUACGUCACGUUCUGGUGCACCUCGGUGACAUCCCCGGUGACCACAGGCGUCUGUGGCAACAUCAAGGCCCUUCUCACGAGCGCGAUUGGGGUGCUGCUCUUUUCCGCAAAUCUGUCUCCGCUGGGCUGGGCUGGUUUUGCUUUGAACUCCGCCGGCGGGUUCAUUUACUCCGUUGCCACGGCUCGAGCGAAGAUGGCAGCGAAGAGCCCGGACCGCGCGACGAAAAAAGACACCUGAAAAGAAAAAUGAAUACUCUACAGCUUCUCAAGAAGACAUCAGCCUCGUCGUGAAUCCGUUUUACCUUUACGCAUAUUACCUAAAUGCAUUUUCAUGAGCUUGGUUUUUGGAGGGAUUGCGGACACGAGCUUGUCUUUGAUGAAAUGCAUCAACGUGACGAGGAAAAAGUUGUAAACGUUCCUGCAGUAGUAUUCGGUAGUGUUUGCACUUCGAACUCGAAGAUUGUCAUGAGCUACUGACUAGUGCGGCUCAUACGUCGACAAUCGACGUCGAGGCGUAUCCAUUUUUUGAAAGCGACACGGCACACUUUUUGUUUGGCCCACAGAAAGCGCUUACUAUAAUCUCUGUCUACA